GACCGGCAUGUAAACACAGACAUACCCGCAGGGUGAUGUGCACCAACUACCUGGUCGGCUUCUGUCCGGAGGGCCCCCAUUGUAAAUAUGUGCACCCCAAAGCCGAUUUGGUUCUUUGCAGUCCGGACCACCUAAAGAAUGCUGUGGCCCCCCUGAGGAUGUCGGUGCCCUCCCUCCCAUGUGACCCCGAGCCUGUUUCCAAGCACCAGCCCCUGGUAAUGGACCUUCCCCACCUGUCACACCUCACCGUCAUCAGCAUGAUGCAGGAACGAUUCCGCAAGAUACAGGAGAACCCCUGCGGGACCCUGAGGCCCCUGGACCAAGUCACCUGCUUCAAGUGCGGCGACAAAGGUCACUACGCCAACAAGUGCAUCAAAAGUCGUUACGCCUUUCUGAUCAGGAAGUGAGGAGGAAGCCGGGAA